CGCGAGGCCAUCGUGGCCGCAAUGCCACAAUGUCCCUCCUGCAUUUCGCUGGUUCUCAAUAUUGCCAUGCUGACCCACGAGGCUGGAAUACUUCUGGAAACAUCAUGUGUCUGCCGCAAUAGGCAAUACUCUAUUCGAGUUCGCGGCAAGAAAGGUCACGAGUAUGGCUUUUGGCUUCGCUUUGGGCAAAGCCAUGCUCGAAGGACACAGGCGCCAUAGCGUCGCACGUAUCGAUCCAAGAUACUGAGCCGCUGAUGGACCAGGCACGGCCUGAGAGCAGACAGUAUAUAUCCUGUGUCUUCGACUCGCUUUGGAGAAAUCAUCAUCAGCUCAACCAUCCUCCUCUCCUCUACUCAGAUCACUCCGGUAUUCGACCUUCGGACAACGCACGGGAAGAUGCAGUUUCUUGUCUUCCUCACUGCAGCCUUGGGCUCAGUGGCUCUCGCUCAGCAGCCGACGUCUUCGACUGUGAACUUCGUCUGCGCAACCAGAUAUGCACUGCAGCCAACGAACCAGAUCAGGACUACCACUUUCCGAGUCACCACGACCAAUUCUGUUGGCAGGACUGUUACUGUCAACCCAAGAACUACUCGCACUGUUGGGGCCAAUACGUUCACCGUAACCAACACAUUCACGUCGUUCAGCACCGUCACCGCCGCUAGCUCCGUGGCCACCGCUACUGCCUUUGUGACUGCCACCUCCACUCAGGUCUCGACAGUCACUCAGACCUUCACCAGUGCCACAGUGAUCACAAUCACCAAUUCGCUCGCAGGUGUUACCAGUACUGUCGCUGCACCAGCUGGUUUCACUGCUCUCGGCCUUACUCCAGGCUUCGCUGAGAAGCGCGACUCCUCUCCUGAGCCUCAUCAUCCUCACAUCGCCCGUGCUGCAGCCAAGGGACACUUGCCAAUCCUCCCAGAAGUCGGAAAGAAGCAGCUCCAGGCUCGCCAGAACUCAGGACAGGAAUUCCCAGUCGGCAUCCUCUGCACUUCCAGAACCACCUUCUUCGUCACCGGCACCGCAACCUCCACUCGAGCAGGCCCAACCACAACCAUCACCAUCACUCAGCCAAACGUCGUCCGCACUGUCACCACAACCAUCACAGGCGCACCACGAACCGUCACCCCAGCAGGCACAACCCGCUUCAUCACCGUAACAUCCACCACCCUCCGCUCCGCCACAACAACCAGCACCACCGUCCUCGUCAACACCAACACCGUGAACAUCAACGGCCCAGCCGCCACAGCCUUCGCCCAAUGCGCCCCCGAAAAUCUCAUCUCCUCCGCCUUCUUCGGAAACCAAAUCGGAACCGUCACAAUCAACUCCGCUUUCACCGUCCGCUCCAUCAACGUCACCGAUAUCACUGGCCUCGAAUGCUGCAAUUCAUGCGCUCAACUUCCCACAUGCGCUGGAUUCGCGCAACAGAGCAUUCUGCAAGGAGGCAGUUGUUUCCAGAUCUUGAAUAAUGGCGUUUGUGAUCCUGCUCAGAACUUUGGAAAUAAUUAUCAUUAUUAUCAGGUGGAGAGCGGGUUGGGGUAUACGGUGGGGAAUGCGCAGUGUGGACAGCUUGGUGCUAUUGCGGGGCCGCCCAAUGAUGGCAACUCAUAGGUGCCUGUCCUUGAGUGAACAAGGCAGGGAUCCUUGAAGAAGGGGAUGGGGGUUUGGGUGAGCAAAGUGAGAGAAGAAGAGAAAAACGAUGCAAUAAUUGUGAACAAGAUCGAACUAACAAGAUUCGUAAUAUGGUUGAGAUUUCUUAGUGUCAUCAGUACAAAGCAGAAUCAGAAUCAGAACAGAACAGAGCAGAUGAAAAAUCACAUACAAAACUCCAAAGCAGUCUCAAUAAUUCGAAUGAAGAAGAGCGUAUUGAUCUGUCUCAUCUCGAUCUACUCGAUAAAGCCACUACCGCGUAGCCCAGGUCUGUUACCAAGUCUUUCGCGUCCUCGAUUCUCCUUACUCUACUGUAAUAAUACUGAAUAUGAGCUUUCUAUGCAUGCCACCACCUCUUAAGAUCUCGUGCUACACUGGGUAGAUGGUUAGUCACAAAUGUCACGUGCAAUUGUAGACUUGGCGCUCGCAGUGAAUUAUCGUCAGCCUACUUUGAGCUUGGACACAGAUCACUGAGGAUAUCCACGCACGAAAAACCGGCGA